AUGUCAUCGUAUUUACCAGUAGUGACAGUUGUUGGUAGUACAAAUGCGCAAGGAAAAGCUGUUGUUCGAUCAUUGCUUGAAUGUGGAAAAUACAAGGUUCGGUGUUUGACACGAGAUAAAAACAGCGCAAAACUUCAACCGCUUGCCCAGCAUGUAUUUGGCACUGAUCGGUUGGAAAUUGUUAACUGCGAUCUAACCAAUCCUAAUCAAUUAAGACAAACAUUUCACUCAAGCUGGGCAGUAUUUGUGUGUUUCAAUCUUGACUUUUCGUCAAUUCAGAAUAAAUAUGAUUCAGAAGUAAAGCAAGGACGACUGAUAGUCGAUACAGUCGCACAGUUAGAAAUACCGUAUUUCUUACUGAGCUUUCAAGAAAAUGUUUAUGAUAAAAGUCAAGGAAAACUCGUACCAACAUUUGAAUCAAAAGCCAAACUUCGUACUUAUGUGCAAGAAACAUAUCCUCAGAUGAAUGCGAUUUAUAUAGAGCCAGCUGAGUUUCCUAUUCAAUACUGGCCAUUAUUCGGUUUUGCACGAAAAUCGACUGAGAAUGAUAUGAUUGAAUUUCGUCUACCAGUAUCACAAGAAACAUUAUUGAAUCUCGUUGAUAUUGACGACAUAGGACGAGUUGUUAUUGAAUUAUUGAAUAAACCAGACGUUUAUGUGCAUCAGACAAUACGAGUGUGUGGUGAAUUAAUAGAGUUUCAACACAUAUCAACCAUAUUUACACAAGUGACAGGAAGAUACGCGCAAACAAUAACAAUAAACGAACAAGAGUUCAAAAACGAUCAUUCGAAUGAUCAACUUUAUACAUUGUUUAAAUACAUCGAACAAUACAGUCAAGGGCGGCAGCAAACAUCGACUGAUAAACAGUUAGUCCAACUACACACGUUUGAAACAUGGUUGAAGAAGUCGGAGUGGAAAGGACCAAAAUAA